UGUGCGUGAGUGUGUGUGGGCUGCGCUGUGAAGUGACAGCUCAGUAAGCCGAAGGCUGAAGCGCUCGUCUGUGGCUGAAUGGAUUGCGUGAACUUCCACCGUGGUGUCCUCUGACAGAAUAUGUGACCGUGUGUGAAUGUGUUUUAACAGCGCGCGUGUGUGUGUACCUGUGUAUCAGGGGGCAUACAUGUACCGGCAACACAAUGGCUCUGAACCGAGUGUCUCAACUCUGCCACGAUAUCACCAGGCUGUGGCUGCAACUGAAGAUGAUGACAGAUGACAUCCUGCAGAGGGAGGAUGGUCCUCUGUGUGCAGCAGAAAUUGGCUCCGAGCUCCAGAAACAGUUUGCCAUCCUGCCAGGCGGACGCGGGAUGAAUGGCAGCCCCAUCAUCAUCCUCCCAGAAUUCCCAGAGUUCAGCGAGCUGGAGGAAGAGGAAGUCCAGAAUGUGCUCGGCUACCUCACCAGCGUCCCCAGCGUUGCAGCAUCGGGAGUGGGUUUCAUCCUGGUCAUCGACAGACGACUGGACCGAUGGGCCGCCGUCAGGGCUACCCUGCUCCGCAUCGCUGGUUCAUUUCCAGGGAACUUGCACUUGGUUCUGGUGUUGCGUCCCACUACUUUGCUCCAGCGGACUCUGUCAGACUUCCUGUUCAAGUUCAACAAGGAUGAGUUCAAAAUGAAGGUGGUGAUGCUGAGUUCGGUGACUGAGCUCCACGCCUAUAUUGACCCAGGACAAUUGACCACAGAGCUGGGAGGCACGCAGGAGUACUGCCAUGACAGCUGGAUCUCACACCGCACUGCAAUCGAGGCGUUUGCCCUCAUGGUGAAGACCACAGCUCAGACCCUGCAGGCGUUCGGCACUGAGCUUGCGGAGACAGAAUUACCCAACGAUACCGAGGCCACCACCAACCUGCUGCACACACACACUCUAAAGAAGGAUAAAAUGAAGGAGGACCUGCAGGUGGCGCUGUCUCAAGGGGGACGCCUGUUGGAGUGUAUCAAUGAGCCUCUACAGACAGACCCUGAGUACAACAUGACCUAUGAUGAACUGGAGAACUUAGCUACUGUACAGAGACUCCUGGGUCAGCUGGACGAGACAGAGACGGCAUUUGAUGAUUUCUGGGAGCGUCACCGCACCAAGCUGGAGCAGUGUUUACAGCUUCGCCACUUUGAACAGCACUUCCGUGAAGUGCGUGCCCAGCUUGAUGUGACAUCGGAGCGGUUGUCGGGUUUCUCUGAGGUCAGCAUAAGCCCCGCCCAUGCUGAGCACGUCCUUCGAGAGCUCAGCGGCCACGAGGACAGGGCCUGUGAUGUGCUGGACUGCGCCCUGUCCCUGGCCAGCGAAGGUGACCGGCUGAUAGAAAAUUCCCACUACGCCGAGGACUCCAUCAGGCCGAAGUGCAGCGAGCUGAGGGAAGUGUGCGAGGAGAUCAGCUCCACUCUAAGGAGCAAGAAGAGCCUCCUGCUCAGGGCGAUGGAGCUCCACAGCGCUCUGGAAAAGGCAUCACGGUGGUGUGAGGAGGGCAUCUUCCUGUUGGCCAGCCAGCCAGUGGACCGCUGUCAGUCUCAGGAUGGAGCCGAAGCUGCUCUGCAAGAACUGGAGCGUUACCUGGACACAGCAUCGCUACACACUCUCGCCGACCGCAGCGCCAUCCUCUGCCAGUAUGAGGCGACGCUCACUAGUCAGCUCAGGGACCAGGUAGACAGAGUUUUCCAGAAGCAAAGCUCCGUCCAGGAGAUGUUUGAGAAGAGACGCGUUAGCUUGAAGAAACUUGCCGCCAAACAGACCAGACCAGUCCAGCCAGUAGCACCAAGACCUGAAGUGAAGUCUCCACUCUCGUCUCCCAAUCAACAGAGAAAAGAGAGAAGAUACUCUGCAGAUAAUUCCAUCUGCAAAAAGGUGGAGUCUCCCAUACAUAACGGUGGCACCAGACAUGCUUCUCUCUCAGAAGAAGAAGAAAACCUGGCAGUGCUUCGGCGCCACGUUAUGAAUGAACUGCUGGAGACAGAGAGAGCAUACGUGGAGGAGCUACUAUGUGUGCUGGAGGGCUAUGCAGCAGAGAUGGACAACCCUGCCAUGGCUCACCUCAUCCCCAGCACCCUGCUCACCAAGAAAGAUGUCCUGUUUGGCAACAUGUCUGAAAUCUACCAGUUCCAUAAGAGGACAUUUCUAAAGGAGCUGGAAGCGUACACUGACUGCCCAGAGCUAGUGGGCCGCUGCUUUUUAGAGAGGAUGAAGGACCUGCAGAUCUACGAGGCUUACUGCCAGAAUAAACCUCGUUCUGAAAGCCUGUGGAGACAGUGCUCCGACUGUGCCUUCUUCCAGGAGUGCCAGAAGAAGCUGGAACAUAAACUUGGUUUGGACUCCUACCUCCUUAAACCUGUCCAGAGAAUCACCAAGUACCAGCUACUGCUUAAGGAGUUGUUAAAGUACAGUAGGGGCUGUGAUGGCUGCGAUGACCUACAGGAAGCUCUCUCCUCCAUCCUGGGGAUCCUGAAAGCUGUUAACGACUCCAUGCACCUCAUCGCCAUCACAGGAUACGAGGGUAACCUGUCAGAGCUGGGUCGCCUGCUGAUGCAGGGCUCCUUCAGUGUGUGGACGGAGCAUAAAAAAGGUCACGCCAAGGUCAAGGACCUGGCCCGGUUUAAGCCCAUGCAGAGGCACCUGUUCUUGCACGAGAAGGCCCUGCUCUUCUGCAAGAGGAGGGAGGAGAACGGGGAGGGCUACGAGAAAGCUCCGUCCUACAGCUUCAAACACUCCCUAAGUAUGAGCGCGGUGGGCAUUACAGAGAACGCUAAAGGAGACAACAAGAAGUUUGAGAUUUGGUGCAACUCCAGAGACGAAGUGUUUAUAGUGCAGGCUCCGACACCAGAGAUUAAAACGGCGUGGGUGAACGAAAUCCGCAAAGUCCUGACCCAGCAGCUCAAAGCCUGCAGAGAUGCCAGUCAGCAGAAGAGCUCAGACCCUGUUUCCCCGAGUCCCACCAGCAACAACACCUCCAUCUCCCUGAGCCCCUUCCGUAGCAGUCAGAAAAACCAGAAGAAGCAGCAGGAGGACAAGAAGGUGGAGCCGAGUACGAUCUCUGACAACUCCUCUUCUUCGCCAAAACACAAAGAUGAACCAGUGACCAGUCCGACCACUGACAGGUCUUCAGUGGCUAAAAAGCGUUUUACUUUGCAGGGCUUCAGCAAUCUCAAGAGUCCCAAAGGCUCAGCCCUGAGCCCCGAGCAUGGCUCCAAACGCCACUUGGUCAAGAGUGAUCCCACACCGUUUGGGUUCAAAGAGCCAGCUCCCCAUGUCAGUCUGAGCAGAGUCAAAUGGAUGAGCGCCUCUAGUCUGUUACAGAGCAAGCGGCGAGGCUGGAACAAGGCGUCUCUCUCAGUGGAUGCCUCAGAAGAGAAUGAUGUGUACUCCAGCGGCGAAGACCCCAUGAACUCUGACCCUGAGGACGAAGUGGGAAAGAAGCUGGCUCCAGGAAAGUAUACGGUGGUAGCGGACUGCGAGAAGGCGGGACCUCAGGAGCUGUCUGUCAAGAGUGGAGACAUGGUCCAGCUAAUUAAAGAGGGAGAGGAGGGACAGUGGUUUGUGAAGAACCUUCGCAGCAGUAAGGAGGGCUGGGUGGCAGCAGCAAACCUCCUCAGCCUCAUCUCAGAGUCCAAGUCAUCCCAGUCGCUCAGCAGCUCAGAUGGCAGCGUCUCUGGGAACCUCAGCACUUCUUCCAGCUGCAGUGAGACCUACACCAGCUUCUCUGACAUCAAACCCUGACCUGCCGUCACUGUCCCCGGCUCCAUCCCUCAACCUAAAACAAUUUCCAGGUGGAAUUACAAAAACCUUAAGCUGACCCUGACAGGAGGACAGUCUCAACGUGGUUUUUUUCAUCUUACGGACCUCGCAGCUUAUCGGAUUCAACCAGAAACCAAAGCUAUCAUUGUAUCUGCGAAUACCUACCAGUGUUUUAGCUGAGUCGUUUGCUACAGAACCACG